UGUUGCUGUUAGAUAGAUACAGACCUCCGCACCAGCUGACUUCUCCUUUGGCUUCACUGUGUGGCAAACAGAAGAUCCCAACAUGAGGGUGUGGAUCAUCUUCCUGCUGUGCCUAGCUGGCAAAGCCCUGUCUGCUCCAACUGAGGAAGAGCUUAUUGUUGGGGAGGAGCCCGUUUUUGAGGAGGCCACGGAAGUGGGUACCAACCCAGUCCAGGUGGAGACGGGCGAGUUUGAUGAGGCCAUCGAAGUCGUGGAGGAUGUUAUUGCUGAGAAUCCCUGUCUGAACCAUCACUGCAAGAAGGGAAAAGUGUGUGAGGUGGAUGACAGCAACGCUCCCAUGUGUGUGUGCCAGGAUCCUCUCACAUGUCCAGCUCCAGUCGGAGAGUUCGAGCACGUCUGUGGCACUGACAACAAGACCUAUGACUCCUCCUGCCACUUCUUUGCCACCAAGUGUGCUUUGGAGGGUACCAAGAAGGGCCACAAACUGCACCUGGACUACAUUGGACCUUGCAAAUUAAUCCCCGCCUGCCUGGAGAGCGAGCUGAAGGAGUUCCCCCUGCGCAUGCGGGACUGGCUGAAGAACGUUCUGGUCACCCUGUACGAGCGCGACGAGGACAACAACCUGCUCACCGAGAAGCAGAAACUCAGGGUGAAGAAGAUCUACGAGAAUGAGAAGAGACUGCAGGCUGGAGACCACUCUCUGGACCUGCUGGCCCUGGACUUUGAGAAGAACUACAACAUGUACAUCUUCCCCGUGCACUGGCAGUUCGGCCAGCUGGAUCAGCACCCCGUCGACGGGUUCCUGUCCCACACCGAGCUGGCCCCACUGCGCGCUCCCCUCAUCCCAAUGGAGCACUGCACCACCAACUUCUUUGAGCAGUGUGACGCUGACAACGACAAAUACAUCGCCCUGGAGGAGUGGGCCAGCUGCUUCGGCAUCAAAGACCAGGACGUCGACAAGGACCUUGUCAUCUAAGCCAAGUUUCUUUCUCUUGACACCCCCUAGUUAUGAUUGGGCUACGGUGCUAACCUUUAAAUUAAAAUCACAGCAAUGGUGCUAAUUGCAGUUUCUAACAAAGCACAUAUACCACUAGGAUUUGAAAUGUUAAGAAAAUAUACGCAGUUCACACUUAUCGUCAGAAAAAGUGACUGAAUGCUUCCAAUUCUGUUUUUUUUUCUUUUUUUUAAACCUUCUUUGUGCAAAAAAGGGAGGCCAGUUGAAGAGGUUAUGGAGAGAAGAGGUUAAUCUGUGCUAGGAGGUGGCAAAGGACACGCUAGACUUUGUGUGUUGGAAAGCUUUUGAAGAUGGAGUUACAAAGAAAAAAAAAAGGAUAAAUAUAUUUUUUAAAAGAAUCAGGGCUUGAAUUUAAUGUCAGUUGGGAUUUUCACAAGGACACAAAACAUGUAAAAACAAAAUAAAAUUUUCAAAUAAAUGCUCACUUUGCUUGCUUUAAAAAAAAUGUUUAGUGUUGCACUCUUUGGUGGUGGGUCCCCUCUUUGUUUUAUUCGAUAACUUUAGUUAGACAUGGAAAAAAAGCCUCUUUAAAUUUGAGCCCUGUACUGAGAGUUUGUUUUUAUUUGCCUGUCAUUUCAUGUAACAAAUAAGAAGAAAACACUGAGUGUAUUAACAUUUGAACAAUAAAAGGAAAUAUUAUUUGAACUCGAUGAGGGAAAGAAUCUCGCAGGAUGAGAAUUUUUUUUCGACUCUAACAUGUUCACUUACAUAUUCAGUAUUUGCCACAAUGUGAGCAUUAUUGAAAAUCUUUACAUGAAUAAAAGCU